CAGUGGGUGCUGAAGAAAGGCAUGUUCAAAGGCCCCUCCCUGCUCCAUGCACUCCUUUGCACACAAGCAAGCCCAGCUUCUGUUAUGGCAGGGGCUGCACAUUGGCAUUCACCAAACAGCCGCCGCGUGCCACUCUCCCCGACUGCACCUCCCUGCCUUCUCAUGAGACAGACAGACAGGCUGAACUGAGCUGAGAGCAGACUGUAGUGAAGCGUCUGGCAAACACGCCCUCCCAUCAGCACAACACAGUGGAGGAAACUGCUGAGCACAUGUCACAAGAUACCAAAGGUCCAACCAGAUAAUGUGACAACAAAUUGAGCGGAGAACCGAACAGAGCAAAUGAUGGAAGGACAAAAUGGAAAUAUCACACCUCAUAAAACAAAAGAGAAUGGAAUUAAAGGGAAGCCCUCUUAUUCAGUUGAAACCCCUUAUGGCUUCCGCAUUGACCUGGACUUUCUGAAAUAUGUAGAUGACAUAGAGAAAGGCAACACCAUCAAAAGAAUCCCAAUUCAGCGCAGGAACAAAGGCCCCCGGGCGAGCACUCUUCCCAGGCACCUCAACCCUUCCGGGUGCGGCUACCGCCCGAGCCUCUGGGGAUCUACUGGAGCCCUUGACCCCAGGUCCAGACUGUCAGAUGCCUAUCAUCAUAGCUACACAUCCUGGCCAUAUGAUCACAGACCACCCCUUUCUCCCACGCGGCUCACAUCCUUGGCAGAGAUGGAGGCCAGAAUCAAGGAGUUUGAUGAGCAACCUCUAGGGGAACACAUCAGACCUAAUCUCCUCCGGGCCUCGAGCCUGCCUCUCACAGUUUUACUACGACAGGGCUCAGAUUCCACGGAUGAUCCCGCCAGCCUCAAGGGUUCUUGGGAUCAGCUCGAAGGAAGAAACACUUCCUAUGAAGAUCUUCUCUACUCCCCCGAUAGCGCUCGACCCCGGGACUGCUCAGGUUUGUUGAGGCGCCUGACUGAGGCCCUUGAACGUGUGGGGGAGCUUGAGAUGGAGGUGAGGGUCGUUCCAGAGCUUAGGGCUCAGAUCUGCAUCUUACAAGAGGAAAGAGAAAGACUCCUUCUGAGCCUGAAUCAUCAUAUCCAUGCCCCUUCGAUGAAUGGAACCACAGACCCUCAUACUUUGUCCCACUACGGCACACAGGACAUCAAAAGGCCUCGACAUGAAAGUCAUAUCAUGUUUUCUAAAAACCAAACUGUCUGUCAAGAUGAUGCUAAUGCAACACACGAGUGGAGGACUAGUACAGACCUAGAUGAGCUGCUGACGGUGACAUCCCUGCAAGCUAAGGUGGCUGUUCUGGAGCAGAAGCUCCAUGAAACUGGCCUGGAGCUCCAGAGGGCCUCAGGCCAGCUCAGGGAGCAGCAGCAGGAGAGCAGAACGAAAGAUGAGAAGGUGGAGCGCCUUAUCAGGAAUCCUGGGGGGUGGGUCCGAGCAGAGAGGGUGGUUGUAAACCAGGACGGAGAAGAGGCGAUGGUGAGAUCCAUCGAACCAGAAUAUAAUAAAGUGUGUUCCCAGAGAAGCCCAGACAAAUUUGGCGGUGCGCGAAUUGAACCUGGGGAGGCUUCAGCUGCGGACACAGCUGUGGUUGUCCGCCACAUAAAGAAGAUCAAGAGGCUCCUGGAUCAGCAGUGGGAGUGUUUGUGUGCAAACAGGGAGUCAGAAGAGGAGGGUCAACCUCUGAAGCACCCAGACCCUAAAGUCAACUCCCUGCAGCACGAGAUGAUGGGACUUGUUGACAUCCUCACCUCCUACUACACCCAGCAUGGACACAGUGAUGGAGGAAGGAUUCAACAUAGAGCCUCUAAAUCCAUCAUGGCGACAGAUGGAUGUGCCCAGACAUCAACAAACCAACAUUCUGGGGGUGUUAGUGAAGGAUGUGAAACAACCACAAUUGGAGGUCUGCUUGGGAAGGAAGGUGUGAACCACAGCGUUCAUGGCGCUUGGGAGCAGAAGGAGGGCGGCACCAGCCCUCAAGAGAUGGCUGCUGCCCAGGUGGACGCGGACCCAGAGAAGAGACGGGUGGAGGGAGAGAGGCAAACGAGCCCAGACACACAGAUGAUAUCGGGAGGAGCAGGAUCAGGGCGGACAGAUGGAGGCGUUGUGUCUGUGGAAGCUGAAGCUCCAGAGAAAAUGGCCAAGACGAAACCAAAGCCUCCAGGAGAACAGAUGGAGAGGUACUCUGGCUCGGAAACAACCCCAGGGGGCAGGGAGACUGUGAGUUCAGAUUUCAUGGCUGCCUGUCAGUUCCUUAAUGAGCACAUGGAAAACAUGGAUAACCCCAACGAUGAUAUGAGGAAGGCCCUGGUCGUGUUGUUUCAGCACUGGUUCAGUGUGGCAGCAGAAGAGGCUUCAGUGUCCAGCGGGGUGGCUGUGUACCUGAAAGAGGUGAAGAAAUCCACACCUUCCCUGCUGGCCUUCCUCAUCAACCUGGCCGACGACAACGGCAACACGGUGCUGCAUUACAGCGUGUCCCACUGCAACUACAGCAUCGUCGGCCUGCUACUGGACACAGGUGUGAGCGACUUGAACCUUCAGAACAAGGCUGGCUACACAGCGGUGAUGCUGGCCUCGCUGACGGCCCCUGAUGGCCCCGGUGGCAUGGAGGUGGUCCGCAAGAUCAUGGAGCUGGGCAACAUUAACAAUCGCUCCAGCCAGACGGGACAAACGGCUCUGCACCUGGCGGUGAGACAUGGCCGAGUUGUGAUGGUUCGCCUCCUGCUGAGCUGCGGAGCGGAGACAAACAUCCAGGACAGCCAGGGAACCACGGCCCUGAUGUUCGCGUCUGAGAGGGGCCACACGCACAUCGCCAGGCUGCUGCUGGAGCGGAGCCAGUGUGACCUCACCCUCACUGACAAGCGUGGUCAAACUGCGACCUCUAUUGCCAUGCAAGGUUUCCACACUGACACAGCCGCCCUGCUGCAGGCCCACGCCAAGGCUCGACUUCUGUAGGAACGGAAAACCAAAACGGAAUCUGCAGACAUACGAUCCUCUUUUCUAGUCUGAAGUAUUUCAAAAAUGCAGUUUAAGGUUGGUGCUAUGUGCUUGGAUUUAGCUCCUUCUUUCGUGAUAUUGUUUUAUGAUCCUGGACUUCUGCCGCACAGGCGUUGGCUUGAGUGUUGGUCGGGAUGACAUCAUUAUCACAAGACUCUACAUCUUCAAUGAGGGGCUUCAGAUAUGUGUUUGACGUGAUGUAUUCUGUUGUCCAUACUGUUGCUGUUCAUAGCAGGCCCUGAUCUUUGCACAGCCAAGCAGCUGCUUCACUCCGCGAACUAUGCAAUGGAAAACUAUAUUUAUUAUAUGUAUAAUGUAUUGAAAUUGACUGUGCUUAUGAUAAAAUGUUCCCUGUCACAGGUGCCCCCUCCCUCUGUUCAUAGAGGGAAAGCAGAUAAUGCUAUUUUCAUUAUUGCAGCACCCCAGCACUUUUUUCAAAAUAAAAUGUGUAUAACAUAUAUAAAGAAAUGCAAAGUGCCUGUCCAAUGCUGCAUGCCGUGUACAUGAAAGAAAAGUGUCUCAAUAUUGAUGUAAACAUUGUCUCGUUUUUAAUAAAAUGACAGAAAACUGA